UGGAAGAAAACUCCUCCCCUUUUUUUCAUUGUAGCAAUGGGAUCCGUUGUGAAGGAGGGCUUGCUAGCACUCGUCAGCUGCCAGCUGGCCUUAGCUCUGCUUCGAGGUAGCGCUUGCAACGACCCGGCCGGAGCUGCCCGCUGCCUCGCAGCUGCUGCCGCUGGCCUUCUGGUGGCCUUGAGGCCGCUGCCUUGGCCCUUGUUGCUCCACAGUGCUGUUUGCGCGUUGGGGUGGCUUUUUGAAGUGGGCCCUUGGCUCCUCGACUUCGACACGGCUUGGGCCAUCCUCCGCACGCGAGGACAGACCUAUUUCUUUGUCACCAUGCUGGGACCUCUCUGCUGGACACUAGGCUUGUAUGUCACGCUGCUGCUCUACAUCCAGCGGACGAGCACCGAGCGAUUACCUCUCUAUGGUGCGCGCGGCAGCUCCAAUGCAGCAGACCAGUGGGGACAGGAGGAGUCCCUCCGCAAAGGGAGCGGGGCUGCGCCUUCGGGCGAGGUGCCCUUCUCUUCGUUGUUCAGCUGGGAAGCCGAGGCCCCCCACCGAAGUUGA